AUGCGAUCCCAUGGCUACCCUAUCUCCGCCAAAUGUGGCAACACCUUGUCAUCCCAAUCUUUAGCAAGCUGCUCGUUUGGCGAGAAUCGGAUUUUUCGGCCUUCACUCCCACCUUUGCUCUGCCUGCUUCCCGCUACGUUUCCCUCUAUUUCCCCUUUUCUGCGUCCUUCUCUUCUCCAUCAUUCCUCUUCUUCGCCUCCUCGCUUGCAAUUAUCCCCUCCACCACAUGAAUCAUGCUUCUUCCCACCGCAUGUGGAGGACAAUCAUACUCUCACUUCGGGAUACUUUGGCCUCAACAAAACUAUUGUCCAUCCUUCUAAGGCCUUCAUCUCGACUCACAACCGCGCCAAUGAUUGCCAUUCAAAACCUGGUCCCCAUGCGGAAGUUGACAUGUGCAGACCUCACCAGGCGACCAAAGAAAAUGAUAAACUGUUGCCUCGCUUGCUUGACGCCGAUCGUGAGUUGGCUCCGUCAAAUGGCAGAAUUGCAAAGGUGCGAUAUCGUGUGGCUAGAAUUCUCUUCCGAAAUCGGUGA